AUUGAUUAAGUCUUGAAGUUCAGUAGUUUCAAUAGCGAACAUUUGAACGUCGAUCAACAAGGCAACAAUAAUGUCGUUUCUUGCCAUUUUAAUUUCUACGGUUUUCGUUUUACUAUUUGUUAAGUUUCUAACCUGGUUUUUGAGUUAUCGAGAUCGUAUUAAGAAAUGGAAAGAGUUUCCGGGCCCGAAUGCUUUGCCGUUGAUUGGAAAUUCGGAAGGAUUUAGGAAUGCAAAAGAUCUUCUACCAAACGCAAUCGAAUGCCAAAAACAAUAUGGCUUAACAUAUCGUGUGCAAUUAGGCCUGAAUAAUUUUCUAAUAACAGCAGAUCCAAGAUUAAACGAAAUUGUAGCCACGUCACACACACUUCUUCAAAAGUCACUAGCAAUCAAAUUCCUAAAAGUCUGGCUGGGAAGUGGAAUGAUAACCUCCGAGAAUCCAACAUGGCGCAUACACCGCCGCCUCAUUACUCCAACAUUCCAUUUCAAAAUUCUCGAAGAUUUCGUGCCAACUUUCAAUAAGAAUGUCAAACAUCUUGUAGAUGUUUUCAAAGCAAAUCGAUUGAAUCAAAGAUUUGAUGCAUACGAAGACAUUUUACUGUGUUCAUUAGACGCUAUUUGUGAAACUGCAAUGGGAGUCUCAAUCCACGCAUUAAGAGACAGAAAUCAACCGGAUUACGUUGAAAGUAUUAAAUCCUUAGGCCGACUAUCAAUUGAAAGAUCAUUAUCAUCAUGGAAACAGUAUCAUUUUCUAUUCGGCAUGUCCGUUGAACGGGAACAAGAAGUAAAAAUGAUGAAUCACAUCCAAAAGUUAACAAAUCAUAUGAUAGAAACUCGAGAAGCAGCGCUUUUUAAUAAAAGCGCACCAGAAAUUAAUGAUAAUUCUGAAACAAAAAAACGCGUUGCGUUUUUGGAUCAUUUGUUGUUAGCCAUAGACAAAAACGACAAACUUAUGUCGAAACAAGAGUUGGAGGAAGAAGUAACAACGUUUCUUUUCGCUGGUCAUGAUACUGUUGCGUCUGCAACAUCUUUCGCUCUUUAUUACUUGGCAAUGCAUCCAGAUAUGCAACAACGAGCACACGAAGAAAUCUUGGAAGUGUACGGCUCAGAAACUGAAUUGACUUUUGAUAAACUAGCAGAUUUAAAAUAUUUAGAUGCUGUUAUUAAGGAAACAUUGAGGUUAUGUCCAUCAGUGCCUAUACAUUCACGUGUCAUGACAAAUGAUUUACCUUUUGAUGGUAAAAUCAUCCCUAAAGGAGUUCAUGUUGUUUUGUUUCCAUAUGGUUCACAUAGAAACGAAAAACUGUUUCCAAAUCCGGAACAAUUCGAUCCUGACCGAUUUUUAGACAAAAAUUACGCCAAAGAAGUCUUGUUUGGUUAUUUACCAUUUAAUGCCGGUCCGAGGAAUUGUAUCGGACAAAAAUACGCAAUGAUUGCUAUGAAGUGCUUCAUGGGAGAGUUGUUGAAAGAGUUCAAGUUUACCAAAGAUGAACAUUUUAAAAUUCAACCAGUUGCUGAAGGUGUACUCAAGAGCAUGAAUGGUGUUUGGCUUACAAUUGAAAAGCGCGAUUCCUAUUACAACACCGUUGAUUUUUGCGUAAACUUUUUUCACGACUAUAAAAUAAACUACGCGCGAAAUUUGUUGUUAGUUAACCAACGAACACUCAAGCCAACGGAUAUAACUCAUUACAUUUCACAAGGCUACAAAGUUAAUCAGGUUAAUAAGUUCAACUUAGUAAUAAAAAUGUCGACGUUAGGCAUCUUAGUGUUUGCCUUUUGGUCGAUAGUGUUUUAUAAAUUCGUGAAUUGGUUCCUAAAACGAAGAGCACUCUUCAAAAAGAUUGAAUAUCUUCCUGGACCCAAAGCGUAUCCUCUGGUAGGAAGCGUGUUUAAUAUAAAAUCAUGUGAAGAUUUAUUGCCGGUGUUGAUGCAAAAUCAACAAAAGUAUGGAUUAACUUACAAAAUGCAGCUGGGACCUGAUCCCUAUGUCUUCACAUCGGAUCCGAAGUUGAUGGAAGCAUUGACUUCUUCAAGCACACAAAUAACCAAAUCACAAGCGUAUAAAUUCCUGAAAAACUGGUUGGGUGACGGAUUAGUUUCCGCAGCGAAUCCCAGAUGGCGUGCGCAUCGCCGCAUGAUUACUCCAUCCUUUCAUUUUAACAUUCUGAAAGAUUUCCUCCCGGUGUUUUAUAAAAACGAGUGCAAUUUAGUUGAGCAUUGGAAGAAAGCUCUGGGUAAUGAUACGAAGUUGAUUGAUGUGUUCGCUGAUGUCUCCAGUUGUGCUUUGGAUAUUAUCUGUGAGACUGCAAUGGGUUUAUCGGUGAAUGCUCUCAAGGAAGGUGAACAGUCCAAGUAUAUGAAAAGCGUGCGAUUUUUAGGUCGUACAGUCAUAGAAAGAACUUUUUCGUUCUGGAUGAGAUUUGACGCCCUCUAUCGGUUUUCGCAUUGGUACAAAGUUGAAAUGGACAGCGUGGGCCAGGUGAAAUCUACUACAAAGGAUGUGAUUAAGAGGAAACGCAUCGAGGUGCAUGCAAAUGGCAAACCAAUUAGAAGUGAGAGUGAUAUUGGGGCUAAGAAACGUAUGGCAUUUUUGGAUUACAUGAUUACAGCCGCGAAAGAAAAUGGAAGCACAAUGACUGAUUUAGAAUUAAGCGAAGAAGUCGAUACAAUUAUUUUCGCUGGUCAUGACACUACUGCUACUACAUCAUCUUUUGCUCUGUAUUAUCUCGCUGCCAAUCCGGAAGUACAACAAAAAGUCUACGAAGAAGUUAUAAGUAUGCCGGAUGAGAACAUAACCUAUGAUCAGUUAGCUAACCUCAAAUAUCUUGAGAUGGUUAUUAAGGAGACCAUGAGGAUUAUGCCAACGAUUCCGAUGUUUUUCCGGCAAUUGACUGAUGAUGUUGUUUUUGAUGGUCAUCACUUCCCGAAGGGAUUGAACAUGGCUUGUUUCGUUUAUGGUUCACACGUCAAUCCGGAUGUGUUUGAGCAACCGGAAAAGUUUAUUCCGGAGCGUUUUACGAUCGAAAACAUGAACAAAAGGCAUCCGUUUGCGUAUAUUCCGUUUAGUGCUGGGCCACGUAAUUGUAUUGGGCAGAAAUUUGCAAUGGUGGAGAUGAAGUCUAUGCUGGCUGUUCUAGUCAGACAUUUUAAAUUCACUAAAGCGGCGGGUGUAGAUAUACAUCCGAUUGCGGAAGGUGUUAUGAAGAGUACCAAUGGGGUGCAGAUAUUGGUGGAGACAAGGAAAUAAAAAUUAGAUAAUUUUACUUAUGAA